CAGAGAAGCCUCUAAAUCCUAGCUCCCUCCUCAAAAGAAAUUCCACUCCGUCUCUCCUUCCCCCCAAAACCCUAGGGGGAAAAAAAUAAUAAAUAAAAAAGGAAGGGCUCGUUCUCUCAGAUAACUCAAUUUUCCUCUAAAAUUUUGAAUUUUAUUAAGUAAUCACCACACAAGAUCGAUCUUAAUCCCGCUUUCUCUCCUAUUGGAAAAAGUUCUAUCGCUUCAAUGGGCAGCAAAAGGAGAGCACCGAGUUCCGCUGAAGAAACUGAAGUCCAAUCUCAGAAAAUGGUAACUCCUGAAGAUUCCGGUCCUUUAGAAUCAGUUCAAGACAUCGCCCUGAAGAAAAACAUAAAGCCGAUGGAGAGGAGGAAGAAGAGGAAAGGACUGGAUAAGGAGAGGAACCACAGUGAAGCCAUAAGCAAUUCUGAAGUGAAGAAGCCUGCUGAAUGCCCUCCAGUAAAAGAGGCACCUUUCCAUUCUUCUUCAAUCAGUAGCAGCUCGCCCGGGUUCCAUAUCAAUGUGUUUAAAGACCUGGCUUCUGCUGAUUUGUUGGUCCGUAAGGCGGCAGCUGAGAAGUUGGUCGUGGAGCUGAUCGAGGUUCAGAGAGCAUACGAGAAGGUUGGAGGGGAGAAGGGAAAGGAGGAAGAAGGGGAAGUUCAAUUGGAGGCAGAGAAGGAUGAUGGGUUGGAUAAUUGUGCACCCUCUUUGAGAUAUGCGAUUCGGCGGCUCAUUCGUGGAGUUUCCUCAUCUAGGGAGUGCGCUAGGCAAGGUUUUGCCUUGGGGUUAUCCAUUGUGGUUGCGAAAAUUCCUACUAUUAAAGUAGAACCCUUGAUGAAAUCAAUAGUUAAUUUGUUAGAAGUUUCGGCAUCGAUGAAGGGUCAGGAAGCUAAAGAUUGUUUUUUGGGUCGCCUCUUUGCUUAUGGAGCUCUUGCUAGAUCAGGACGACUGGCUGCUGAAUUUUUUGAAGACAAUAAUACGUCUUCAGUCACAGAUUUUGUGAGUAAUGUAAUGUCUCUUGCUGGCAAGAAGCGUUACUUACGAGAGCCAGUUAUGACCAUUAUUCUGCAUGUGGUUGAAAAGCUACCUUUUGAAGCUGUGAUGAACCAUGUUCUUGAAGUUCCUGCCAUUAAAGAAUGUUUCCAGAAGGCUGCCAACAUGGGAGAUCCAGAUGCAUUGUUCUUGGCUUUAAAGUUGCAGGAGAGAGUUCCCAUAGAGAGUGAAAUGCCUGGCAUGCUCUUGCCAAGCCCAUUUAGUCCUGACACCUUCUUCACUCGAGAUCAUCUGUCGAAUCUUGUCCAUUGCUUCAAGGAAUCAACGUUCUGUCAUCCUCGAGUUCAUAGUCUUUGGCAAUUACUGGUAAAUAUGCUUGUACAUCCCUUGACAUCUCAAGGUGAAGUAGCAGCUUGUGUACAUUCUACUAAGAAGCACAAGAAGAGCAGAAAAGGUGGGUCCUGUGAAGAAAUGGCAAAGAAUGUCCGCUGUUUCUGUGAGGUUGUCAUUGAAGAAACACUUCUUUUAUCAUCUCAUGAGAGGAAGCAUUUGGCACUGAUGGUUCUCCUUCUUCUUCUUCCACGGUUGCCAGCAUCUUUUCUCCCAUGUGUCCUUUCUUACAAGCUUGUCCAGUGCCUGAUGGAUAUUUUACCUACAAAGGGUUCCCAUUUGCAUGAAACAGCUCUUUAUUUUAUGAAGGAGUUAGUUAACUGGAUUGGCAAUGAUGACGACCGGCGUGUUGCAGUGAUUAUAGCCUUGCAGAAACACAGUAGUGGUAGAUUUGAUUGCGUCACGAAGACGCAUACAGUCAAAGGUUUGGUUGCAAAAUUGGUCACUGGUCAAGGCUGCUUGAUCUUUGUACAUAACAUAAUGAGUUUGUUUGUAGAAGAUGGUAUCCUUGCAGAUGAACCAUCUGAUCAGAGUCAGACAACUGAUGAAAAUUCGGAAAUUUGCUCAGUUGAUGGUAAGGAUGUUCCAGAAGAAUCAGGGAAUACAGACAGACUCAAGAGUUGGAUUGUGGACACCAUGCCUCGAGUUUUGAAGAACUUAAAGCUGGAUUCUAAUGCCAAAUCUUGGGCAGACACUGAAAUAGUAAAAUUUUUGGAAGAAAGGUUUCGGGUGCAGGCAGAAAUUAUGAAAUUUCUAGCAGUUCAGGGUUUAUUUUCUGCAUCUCUGGGCACAGAAGUGACAUCAUUCGAGUUGCAAGAGAAGUUUAAGUGGCCUAAAGCAGUCAUUUCGAGUUCUCUUUGUAGGAUGUGUAUUGAGCAGCUUCAGUUAUUGCUAGAGGAUGCCCAAAGAGGGGAAGUCUCAAAUGCUACAUCAAGCAGCCUUGAGAGAAAUGACCUUGGAUCUUACUUUAUGUGUUUCCUGAAGACCUUAUGCAAUAUUCCGUCAGUGUCACUUUACAGAGCGCUUAGUGAGAAGGAUCAAGAGGCAUUCAAAAAAUUGCAAGAAACUGAAUCUAGACUUCUUCCAGAGGAGAGGAACCUUGGAUCUGGUCUUGAAGCAAAUAAAUUGCAUGCUUUGCGGUGUGUUAUCAUCCAGUUAGUGCUCCAAGUUCUCCUUUGUCCUGAUGAGUUCUAUGAGGCUGCAUCUGAACUUGUCAUUUGUUGUGAGAAGGCUUCUCCUGCUGCUGCUGCUGCUGCUUCUUCUGAUAACUCUGGAGAAGUAAAUGAAUUUGAUGACAAUGAAACGCCAGAUUUGAUGGAUGUUCUUCUGGAAACUUUUCUUUCCCUGUUGCCUCACUCAUCUGGUCCCAUGUGUUUUGCUAUUGAGCAGGCCUUCAGAUUGUUCUGUGAUGAUUUAACAAUUGAUGGAAUCCUGCGAAUGUUGCAUGUCGUAAGGAAGGAUCUGAAGCCUCUGCGCUAUCAUACUUAUAGUAGUGAUGAUGAUGAUGAUGGUGUUGAUGAAGAUGAGGAUGAUGAUUUUCUUGGGAUUGAAGAUCUGGAUGAGACUAGUAAAGCUGAGGAUGUUGUGGCGGGUGAAGGGGAUGACCAUGCAAACCCUGGAAGAUUGCUGGGAAGUGGUGAAACUGGUGACAAACUGACAAAAAAUGAAGAAGUUGAUUCUGGGGGAGUGCUUGGAGGUGAUGCAAGUAGCGAUGAUGAAGUGAACCAAAAUCUUAGUGACCAUUCAGCAUCUGAUGAUUCUGAUGGUGAUAUGGAUGAUGAUGCAAUGCUCAUGAAAGAUGCUGCUAUUGUUGAUAUCUUAAAGCAGCGCUUGUCUACUGAGAAAGAUGGUGCUUCUUCUCUGCUGUUAACUUUUAAAAGCCGAGUGCUCACACUUUUAGAAAUAUUUUUACAGAAGCAUCCAGGAAAAUCUCAGGUCUUGAUGAUCUACUCUUACUUGGUUCGAGCUUUUGUUAAGUAUCACUCUGCCCAGAAACCCCAGCUACAGCAACUGGCAUUGCGCAUAAGAGGUAUCUUGCAGAAGAAAAUAUUCAAGGCAAAGGACUACCCAAAAGGUGAUGAUAUCCCUCUAGCAAGCCUUGAACCUCUUCUUGAGAAGAGCCUGAGAUCGGCAUCACGAUACCCAGAUAAAGAGGUUUCUUCUCUAGCACAGGCCUCUACAUUUUGGCUACUAAAAGUCAUCCAGUCAAGAAAUUGUGACAAAUCGGAAUUGAAGACGGUUGUGGACCUGUUCCAGUCUACAUUGGUAGACUACUUUGAGAGUAAGAAAUGCCGGCUAAAAUCAGGGUUUGUAAAAGAGGUCAUUAGGCGACAUCCAUGGGUUGGCCACGAGCUAUUUGGUUUCCUUUUGGAGAAGUGUGCGGUUGCAAAAUCUGAAUUCAGAAGGAUUGAAGCACUUGAGGUGGUAGAUUGUGUUAUGAAGUCGGGGACUCCUGUCAAGGGUAAAGAUGGAUCAGGUAAAUUAUCAGCCAAGUUACUGAAAAAACAUAUGCCUGCACUUUGUGAUUUGAUCCAAGUGCUCCUGAGCCAGUUGCCAGAGAAACAAUCACGGCGGGCUGAGGUCCGUCGUUUUUGUACACGGGCACUCAAUGUUAUCUCUGCACUUGACCUUAGAAAGCCAUUUCUUAAGGUGUUGAAGCCAGAAGCAAGGUCUCUUUGUGAGUCUCAUCUAGGCAAUGUCUUUCUUCCCUUUAAGACGCCUUCUCCGUGAAUUAAUGGUUAAGCAGCCUCUCCAAGCCAAAGGUGAAUUGAAACAUUUUAGAAGAAAGUUUAUCCUGUUUUUAUCUGACAUGCAGCUGAUAUUCUACAAGCAUUUAUUGUGCGGAUUUGUUACACCAGUAUCAGAGUGCUUCUUCGUAGGAUGAAAGUGAGACUUCAUUCCAAGGACAGUUUUGGUGGAAUUCGGUUUCUGUGCAAUGAGCUGGAUCUUUUACCCUAAGCUCUCGAGUCUUUAUUUGGAGUUUUAAGGAAAGACUAAAUCUUUAAAAGUUGAGGCUAAGAUGUUGGUGAAUUAUGAAUCGAAUGCACAGAGCACAAGUACUCCAGCCAUGAUCGAAACUCCGAAAGCUUUAAAAGAGAUUAAGCCGUAUGUUGUGAAAUUUUGAUACCUUUCACAUAUUAUCGUAAACGUUUGAAUCAAAGUCAUUUAUUUGAUUUCAUGUUUUGUCUUCACUUUCAGUUCCUCUCUGCGGCGUAUUUUCUGCAGAAAACAAGCUAUUAGUCUAGUUUCCCUCUUA